UUUUUGAAUUGGUCAAAUGGCAAACCGCUAACUAUGCUUCGCCACCGAUCCAAAAGAGUCUCAUCAACGAACCGCAUCUUACCUUCCGAAAUUCCCCACCGAACGUCAAACCGAUCGGAAUGCACCUGAACACUCCGAACCGCACCGAACCGUCUGAAAAACCGAAGGUAGCUCAGAGCUCUGCAAUACCCCAGCGACAGGAUGAACCGAAAAAGUCGAACCGACCGUCAACCGAACCCCAGUGCUGGAGAUGUGGUGGCAAGGGUCAUCUCCGAGCACAAUGCACCUCGAAACCGCUGCUGUUCUGCUCUCGAUGUGGAGACAAGGAGUUCCCAGCACUGUUGGACACCGGAGCCACCAGGUCCUUUAUCAGCAGUGAAGUGGCCGCCUACUGCAGGGUAGUGGGUAUACAACCGGAUUAUGUUAGGGACGUUACCACCACCGUCGCUAACGGAAGUUCAAUACCGAAAAGAAAUAUAUACCGCACCGGUCCGAAUUGGGUCUGAAAUUAUGGAAGCUAAAUUGUUGUUAGUUUCAGAUUUACCGAUCAAUGUAGUACUGGGAAUGGAUAUACUGAGGACACACAACUUUUCAAUCAAUCUUCAAACCGCCGAAUGUUUCCUGAAUGGAAGGUCCAUCCAAGCCCGGCUCAGCGAGCCAGAGAACCGAGGACAACUACAUGCGAUAGAACCGCUUUUGUCGAACCUGAGUGGAGAAGAGAAAGUCAGGCUGGAGGAGUUUCUACAGACCGAAUUGAAGGCAUUCGAAAAUCUGCGAGGAACAACUCCACUGAUGCAACACCGAAUUAAACUCAAACCAGGCACCGAACCGAUCAAGCAACGUUACCGUCCCCAAAAUCCGAAGAUGCAGGAGAUAAUAAACAAUGAGGUCGACCGAAUGCUGGCCGAAGGUAUUA